AUGAAGUGUAACAGCAGCGUUAGCGUUGUUGGAAGAUGCAGGUUUCCAAUGCCGUCUGUUGUUUCAGAGCACCUCCUCUCGUUUUUGCCGGCGGCGAUAUUGGCUCUGACCGCCGCUCUAUCUCCGGCCGAGAGGGAAGUCCUCGCCUACCUCAUUUCCCAACGCAAGUCUACGCCGGCGGCGGGGGAUGACCACGCGGCCUGCUUCAACUGCAACUGCUUCCGCUGCUACAUGAGCUAUUGGGCCAAGUGGGAUUCGUCGCCGAACCGCCAGCUCAUACACGAGGCCAUCGACGCAUUCGAGGAGAGCCUCAGCCGGAAAGAAAAGACCAAAAAGGAGAGGAGGUAG